AUGGAAGAGCAUGAAAUUACCAAUCUGCCUUGGAAUCUACUAAACACCAUCCUCUUGCAAUUACCGCUAAAAGAAGUUGUGAAGACCAGUAUCUUAUCCAAGAACUGGAGAUACAAUUGGACUGGCCUUUCAGAGUUUGUUAUUGAUGAUAAAUGCUUAUCCAGUUGUGCAAUGGACAAAGUAGCUAGAGGGAAAGUGGUGAUGAAAAUUAUCCAGCUGGUUCAAUCAAAACAUGCAGGCCCAAUAGAGAAGUUUAAGCUUGCUGCUUAUUGUAACCAGAUCAUUCAGUAUUUUGAUACAAUCAGGCUUUUUAAGCUGCCUUCUUCUCUAUUGUGUUGUUCUCACCUAACUAGGUUGGAGCUUUUUGCUUGCGACAUUAAGCUCUCUAAUGAAUUCAAAGGAUUAGAAAGACUUGCAAUCCUCCAUCUCACUCAAGUUCACAUUGACAGUGAGACACUACGGAGCUUAAUUGAAAAUUGUUGUGUUCUAGAGAGACUGACAUUGUCUAUUCUUGAUAAUCGAGCUGUUUUAAGGAUCCACAACCCAAAACUUAGGUAUCUGAAAAUAGAUUCUGAUUUUGAAGCUAUAAAUCUUGGGAAUUGUCCAUCUCUAGCCACUGUUGACAUUCGGUUAAGGCGUCAUGUAGACUUUUUUCUGUCUGAUGGUAUACCAGCACAAUUUCCUUCAGGGUUCAAACAUCUUUACCAUCUUUUGGUUAUUGACCUGAAAGAAGUGAAGCUAGAUGGUAUUGUGGAACUGUUUAUUAUAAUCUGCAUUCUCGCAUAUGACAGCCCAAAUGUUGCAUCGGCAGGUAUAGUAACAUUUUUAUGGACUGAACACUGGAAAAAUCUGAUGUUUGAACAUCUUAGAGCAGUGAAGAUAACAGGUAUCAGCACAUUUGAGAGUGCUGCAUGGGAGUUCAUCAAGUUUUUACUUUUUCGUUCCCCUGCUCUUGAGACAAUCACCCUCAUACGUUACAGGGAUGAAAGGGUUCCUCAGGCACUGUUUGAGCAACUUCCACGAGCUUCACAAUAUGUUAAAGUUACUAGUUUUACCUCAAAAUAUGAAGCCCUUUGA